ACCCAAUAGAGGGCGCUAUUUAAGGUUUAUGGAGCGCUCGUCAAAAUUGAGUGAUGGAUCGUCACGAUCAUGGAUCAUCAUUUUGACCGGAUUGAGCAGUUUAUCACGGAUGUGACCCUGUGCGUUGAAACCAGCAGAGAUCUCUGUGAGAGAAUCUGUCAAGACUUCCGCCCUCUCCUCAACCGGCCCUGGCCUCCCAAAGCCAAGCCCGCCAAGUCUGGCGGCCCUCUAGCAGGAGAUGGUGAUGCUGGUAACCAUGGCGACGCCGCAUCGCUGGAAGAGGCAGAGACCCUGGCUGAGGUGGAGAAGGCCUUGGUUAAGGCUCAGAGGGCUAGGCAACUCCAGAAGAGGCUCAACCCACUGGAGGAGCUAUGUCAAGAGCAAGGAACAGAGGCAACAGCUGCCGAUCAAACGACUGGGGGAAAUGCUCCAUCCGAGCCCACCAGCCAAGUCAUCGAUGGACAGGACUUUGCCGUCAUUUCCCAUUCGUCCUUAAAGAAGCUGUUUGCCGACGUGAAACCACGGAAUUCGGAGAAGUCUGGUGCAAACUCCGCUCCCAAGCCGAGGCCUGGAACAGCCCAGGCCAGAGCGGCAUACAGCGCCAAGGUUCCCCGGCCGAAACCUUUGGCCAAAUCCCACUUCAAAACCACUUCCUCGGAAAUCGGCAGAAAUGUCACUGCCAAGCCUGUGGCUAACUCUGCGGGCAACAAGGCAAUGAAGCCAAAAAUUGUCGGUGCCCAAAAUGCUAGAGAAUCUACUGCAACAAGGAAUUUCAGUAAGGGAAAAGGGCCUAAUACUGCUGUGAACGGAACUAAGAAACCCAACAGCGCAGGGGGCAAAAAUGCAUUAAAUGCAGACAAAAGUACCGCAGGCAAUCAAAAGAAUGGAAGACCCAUGUUGGAUAACAAAAAGAAUACAUCUGCCAUCAGAGAAAAACGAAACGGAGAUUUCCCUGAUGCCGGGAAUAAAGGGAGUCAAAAGUCUGUAGGAGUGCCAAAACAGCCUUCAGAAAUGGCUGACGAACAUAAACAUUCGGUGAAUGGAAUGGCAAAAGUUGUACAGAAGACGGCAGGGUUGAGACUGAGUGAGGGAUCCUCAGCUACGCCAAGUUCUUCAGAGACGGGAGAUUGUGGAAAGAGUGCUCAGGCAGACGGGGCUAAACCGUUUAUGCUGAAGAGGGAUGGGCACACCCUCAAGUUGCCAGGCAAACUCAAGAAACUCCAGUCAGAUAUCUCCAAGCUCAGACAGAGACUCUCAUCUAAGAUGGAAUCUGAAGAGCAAUCACUGCCUUCUCAACACUUCCGGCUGCGAUUGGAAUCAAAGUUUCAGCAGUCGUCCACAUCACCACUAUCCAGAGAUAUCCAGGAGAGAAUAGUGGAGCUGACGACAGAGUGCAAUCACCUCAUACAUGUUGCUAAAUCUGCCCUGAAUGACUUCCCCAAGCAUGGCAAUGCAUCAUGGGACAGUCGAUAUAGGCUUCACGUCCUGACUAAAGCACUGAGGACAAAACUGGAUGAGUUAAAAGGAGAAGUGGAAAAUGUUGCUGAAGGUGAAGUUUCUUUCAGUCAUGAGAAGCCAGGAUUGCCUCAUGUGAGCCAGCCUUAUUCAUCUGAUUGCUGUACGCAUGAAAAUGUUUCCUAUCAUCCGUCCACCACGUUCUUUCUCCCUGUUCGACAUAGAGAUUUACAAGGUUGCACGGAGUACCUGGACCCUACAGGCCAACAUGACCAUAGGAACUAUGAGUAUAGUCAUCUCAGGGAACUGCAAAGGCUAGCUACGCUACAACACGAUGUGCAGAGGUUAAGUCUUCAAAUCCAGCUCGAAAAGCUGAUCGGACAGGAGAUAUUACCAAUGAUGGAGAAUCUAGAUUCGUCAGACAGCAGCUGUACUGCCCUGUACAGAUCUCUGUAUGGUCUGCUGUGUCACGGCGGACAACUCUACCCAGCAGUUGUCGCAGACAAUGUCGGCAGUGCCAGCAUGAUGGAGACAACUUGACCAAGCCAGAACUCUAGAGGGCUUUGUAGCCUACUCGCAGGAGCCACGUUGUGACCGCGCAAAUUUUAUAUCAUAAUUUCCACGCGACUUUUUUAUUCAAUCGAGAGUGAAGAAAUAUUUUGUAUUCAACUAUGUAAAUAAUAUUUGACAAUUUCAGACUUGCAUUCCACUGUCAUGCUAAACAAAAUUUAUCUGAAGAUGUGAAUUAACUACACUGAAAGUGCGACGUUUGAAACAGUAGAGAUUACAUUGAACAGAUUACUUCCAUUCAUUUGUAAUGACUCUGUAAGCUAGUCAACGGAAUAUUUUAGUACAAAGGUUCACCUGUUUUGAAACCGGAAUUUGUUUGGGUCGACUUGAGUUGCUCUAAUACUAUUUGGCUUGGCUUGUCAUUGGAACGAUAUUUUAAAACAGGUGUAAAACGGUGCCUCCAAAAAACUUCAUGUUUGUAGUCAACUGUGUGAUUGUGUUACUAAGAUCAUUUUGGAUAACACUUGGAAAGUCGUUUUGAAGGAACAGCUUUCUGAGGAAUUAGUGUUGAAUCGACGCCAGGUUUUUGUCAAUGAACUGUUUCUCAGAUUUAUGUAUAAUUUGUGCAUAACGAGAUUUUAAAUGAUGUUGUAUUUUGUUAUUAAGCAGUGCCUUAUUAAUUAACCAGUGUCUUUCAGCAAGUUUUCCACAUUUUCAAAAUAAUAAUUUGUAUCUCUUUUGAGAGAGAGAGAAAAAAAGAUGAAAAUAUAAUUUUAAAAAUUGGUAGUAUAAGGCAGAAAUCUGGAUGAUGUGAACUUUCAUAACUUAAUCUUAAUGACAAUUUGCUAGACAACUUUUUAAAUUCUUCAAAAUCCAUAAAUGUGAAGGAAUCUUAUGGCACAUUCUUUGUAUUUACUUUAGAAGAGCAUCAAGCCACACACGUUAUGUAAUAGUUGCUGGCUGUUAAACCUUCAAAAAUUAGUUUUUUAAAUUCUGUAAAACUCCAUGGAGGAUUUAGAAUGAUUUAGAAGGGUCAGGCAGCAUUGUCUUCAUGUCAAUGACACGCAAGUCACAAGUCAGGUCACGAGUUACAAAAGAUAAGCAAUAACAAAUGAAUGUCUUCGUAAAUAUGAACUACAUUUAUAUUGAAUAAUUCUUAAUUCCACUAAUAAAAGGAACAACAUUGCAAUAAAGUACUGUGAUAAAUUUGACAUAUUUGCUCUCAGUAUUUUGUGUAAUGAUUUGUUAUCAAGUUUCACCUCGAAAUUUUUUUUUUCAAUUGCUAUUUUCCUAGCUAUAUAAAUGUUAUUCACUAUUAAAUUAUAUGAAAAAUGUUAGUUAGUUAUUGAAUUAUGUCUUCACAAAAUAAUUCAGAUUAUUGGCUGACAAUAAUCCGGCUCUUGCAGAGCAGGUUCAUUUGUGCACAAAAUGAAUGCCCCUUUUAUUCAAAAAAUUGGGAAAAGUGGGUGUUUUUUUUAUUUAAAAAAACCACAAAUUGAAAGUUGGCUAGGAGAAUUUUUUCUUUGAAGAGCACCUCUUUAACUUGUGUGCUUUUACACAUCAUAACAAUAUUGGACAGCCUACUCUGUCAACAAUAUUUCAGAACAAGCAAUCUUGCCAUCAAAUAUUUAUCAAUAUUUCUAGAUAGUAUACACGAGCCUAAUUUGUUUGACCCAUUUUUUUACCCAUAGGUUAUUACUUGUCUUUUUUUGGCAGGCUAAAAAAAAAUCUUAUACAUGUAUUGGACUUUGCUCGCCUUGCAUAUCAGUUCCAACUUCCGGCUGAAAUUAAAGUGACACAAUGCCCUCGAAA